GCAUCGACGACGAUGAACGCUAUUGGGAACCUGUUGACGCAGGCAGAUGGGAGGGGGGCAUACAGCAAGUCGGCAUUCCUGAAUAGGACUGGUGCUUGCUGGUGAGGAGGAAUGAAGGGCGCGGGUUACUGCAGGACCGAAGCCCAUUCCCACACCACCACCACCAUUCUCUUGGGGAGCACAAGGGAAAAAGUCGACGACGACAUUGGCUUGCCCCGCAUUUUCUGUUCGAAGCUGCACCACCACCACCAUGACAGCCCACGGCCACUGAGGCAGGCAGAGAGAGAGAAGGCAGACAGACAGACGAGCAGGUAGAUCUGCGGUCCACUGUCACCAUCAUCAUCACCAUGCAUGUUCCCCCCUCCCCCAUCCCGCGCGCACCUCGUACAGUACAGAGAAGGGUCAGCAACCAACCACUCGGGCGAUUUCUUUCCUUUCUGUAUGCCUUCGGACAAAGGCUGAGCUCAUCCUCAAACAUGGAAGACGUGGGGAAAUAUGGGCUGGCUGAGACCGUCGAUUUGGACACCCUGCAUUAACAGCUGACUUCCUUUCUACAUGUGUUCGACAUUCGUUCGAAGAACGUGUAUGCUACGCUGUUGUUGAUGCUGACUGCAUUUUUCUUUUUCCAUGCCAUGAUCAAGUAUGGAUCAACCUUACCCAACGUUUCUUUCCUACCUACCCAACCUAGCUUACUUGUUACACAUUUUUAAGAUUCUCAUGUAAGACCAACCUCAACGAUUUUCAAGAUUUCAUGUACGGGGGAGGCAAACACCCCCCCCCCCCCUUUUUUGCUUCUUCAUGAUCAAUAAUUGCUAAGGUGUUGAGCCGGUCUGUGAGGGUUGCAACCGGCGCGCGCGCAUGCAAGACGCAGCGAGAAGGGAAGGGAAGGGAAAGGAUUGGAUGGGAGGGGGGGAAAGGGUCAUGCAUGUGGAUGGCGUGCAUGCGUAUACUACCACCUAUGCCUAGGCGAGCUAGUUUGCUAUCGUGUCCAAGCACCACCACCCACCCCCCUUUCUUUCGUUGUGUAGUUGCUGUGGUGGUUCGUUGCCCCGGGUUUUGUGGCUGCCGGAAGGGGCGAGUGGCCGGCAGGGCCGGAGGCGAUAAUGAGAUGAGCUUUUGUAGGCUCUGCUACCCUGAUCGACAUUGGGAGAAACCUAGGAGAUUUGUGUAAGUGCCGUGGUGAUCUUAUGAGGAUUGAUGAAUAGGAGAUUUUGGGAGGGGGGGAUAGGAGGGCUUGAUCGGGGGGAUGGGGAUGGUGUACGGGAUUUGGCCACUGUGGUGUGGUUAGAUCUUUGCAAAACCAAGCACAGCUACCGGUUGUUGAUAUCCGUGACCAAGUUCUUCUCUUUGCUCCUAAGAGAACAGGUUCCCUCGGAGGAGUCUCUUGAUGCCUACACCUGCCUGGCUGGCUAUCUCAACACCCGGAGGAGACAACCCGGGAAUACCUACAGAACGACCACCUCUGCAACCAUCCCAAGCUCCCCUUGGUCACGACUGCCCACCCGGUAUUGUCCACAGCAAAGAAGGCAUCACGCUAGGAGCUACACACCACUUCGACUCUCUGAUUGGCCACCUGCUCAAGAUUUGAGAUCUUUUUCUAACCGCGCUGGAGAUGAGACUCGGUGGGAUGAAGGUGUGGAGAGUUUCAGUCAGGUGAGGUUGGGUUAUCUCCCCGAUGUCCUCUUUCGUGUUCUGUGUGGGUGAGAAGAAGGUGAGUAUGAGAAAAGGGGAAGAGUGAGACAUCAACCACGCGGCCCUUUCUAACGCGCCUCUGUUCACUUGCACAGUACGAACUCGCAUUUUCCUCUUCUCAUCAGCAAAGCUGGAGGACUGUCUGAGGGCCACGUUAUCGCCACCCUUCUGCUCGUCUUCUUCUCCCUCCCGGAUGAUCACUCAUCCUCGCUCGUCCCGUUCCCCUGCUGCUCAUGGCCAUGUAAGAUUCUGAACACGGAAAACCGUUGAGAGUUUUUCUCGCAGACAAUAUAGACACAUGUUAUUCAUGUUCGUAUCCAUGGUGAGGCGAAGGCAAACCGAGGGGGACAAAAGGUGACUGAUCGCCUUUUUUCCCUGUCCAGCUCUACUGCAAGUAUCCGGGGUUCUUGAACCCACUCCGUUGACCGCCAAAAGCCGGACCGGGACGGGACGAACGUAUAUGUAAUAAUAUCCUCUCCGAAAAGAAAAUGAAUGAUCGUCAGGUCCUUGAUCAAGAGACAGGGCCGUGAACCCACGCGUUAAGUCUUAUCCCUCGUCUAUUAUGCUGGGGACUUUGCAGCUGUGUCUCUCCCUUGGUGUAGAUGCGCGGGUCCAAGAAUAUGUAUGUCUCAAAACAACAUCAUCGAACGGUUCUCGCCAGUCGGAUGAAUUUUUCUGGCUUGGCUUGAGAAAAAAGAAAAGAAAGGGAAUAUGACAUGUAACGGACACCAGGUCUGAGCGACGGAAGAGGGAAGAGGGAGGGAGCUCGAACUAUUCUCUGCUCUCUCUGGUGUGCGUAAUGAUUUCGGUUCAGACUUCUGCUUUGGCACGUGGGGAGGGAUGGUCUGGAUGCCAUGUGGUUGUUGAGGUGGCUGGCUGGGAGAGGGUUGACAACCUGCUGAGCAAAAUUUGUCAAAGCUGAAAGCUGUCAAGGUGAAUGACUGGUUGCCUUUUGAUGAGAGGACAUCAUGCUAUUUUUUGGGGGGUUGUUUCUUUUGCACAAAAGAGCAACAACACACGAAGCGGAGGGUGCCGUGGUGGUGGUGGUGGGGGGGGUUGGGCUUUGUGCUACGAUAUGUUCUUGUGAUGCUCGAUAGGGAGAAGCUCAAACGGCAACCGGCACCGGCCAGCUGUUGUGAGCAAGCGGAACUGAGAGAGAACACACCACCGCCCCAUCCACGGUUUACAGCUGGAUCGGACAAUGCUUCCCUUCGGGAUAUGGCUGGUUGCAUUUGUUACCUAGCAUUUUUUGAGAAUGUAGUGUAAAGAGAAAAGGGUGGUUCGGUAUCAGCGUCGGGUGUGUUCCACUGGCUGGGGCGAGUAGGUAUGUUUGAUGCGGAUAGCCGACGGAAAGAGCAUGCGAUGCAGAGCGGAAAAGGGAAGGGCUUGCUUUUGACACGCGGGCACGAGCGGAAGGGGACAC